ACCACCAGCAUAUAAACAGAGUCCGCGUAAGAAAACUACACUGAAUAGGAAUGGCAGCUUUUAAAAGUGGGGGAACUACAGUAUAGGGUAUAGGAUAAACGAUGGGACAAAACUGGAAAAGACAACAAAAGCUUUGGAAUGUUCCACAACUUCCUUUCAUUCGAGUUCCUCCCUCCAUCUAUGACACUUCCUUAUUAAAGGACCUCAACCAAGGGCAACAGCGCUACUUUUACAGCAUUAUGAGGAUUUACAACUCCAGGCCCCAGUGGGAGGCCCUGCAGACCCGCUACAUUCACAGCCUUCAGCACCAACAGCUGCUUGGCUAUAUUACUCAACGGGAAGCCUUGUCUUAUGCUCUUGUACUUAGAGAUUCAACCAGGAGAGCCUCAGCCAAGAUAGCUCCUCAAAGAACCAUUCCCCGGAAAACUUCAGCCAUGACAAGAAGAUGUCCAUCAGUACUACCUGUAUCUGUGGUUCUACCUAGGGCCCAAAGUAAAAGGCGCCAAAUGCUCAGGAACUGAGAUGUGGUGCAUUUUCAGAAAAAGGAAGUUUGCCCAUGUAUCCCUGGUAUCUAGUGGGUGCUUUGUGCAUAUUUGUUGAAUGACAGUGAAUAAUUUCUAAUAUAAACCCCAGACCUAAAAAUAAUCUCUGAUUCAUAUAAAUUUUGCCAGCAAGACCAAGAGGUUUAAGAGCAAUGGAGCUGAGAGUAAGCAAGCCUUUCCACAUGACAUCCGUAGAGUAAAAGGACUUUUAAAGCUUUCAAAGUAAAAGUUUCCUUUGAAUUAGAACCUCCUAGAGAAGUCCCCAAAACAGUGAAAGGGGACAAGUGACCAGAAGGGGCCAGGUCCUCUGCCACUGGGUGACCAUUUCUUGCAAACUAUCGUGUAUACAUUUUGAAAAUAUACAAAACAACAUGGGAUUAACACUGAUCAUAGAGGGCUUACAAAAUCAUAUCAUCCCAGCAAAAAUUGGCCUGUGCAUUUCCUUCCUCUCCUCUUCCCCAUCAGGCAAUGGCAUUUAAUUUAGCCCCAAAGCUCUUCUAGUUCUCACCUGGCUUGAUCACUUUGUGUCAUCUUGAAACACGCACUUAUCAGUCUACCACAGCUGAAUUGAUUUUACGGAGCUGUAACUGGCCUUGACAUGGGUAAGAGAAUUCAUGCACACAUCUUUCCCUGGCAGCUGAAGAAACACUCUUAAAAGAAUAUGAAAUAACCCUGAAGACUUUAUUUCAGGUCCAACCUUUCUGUGGCCUCAAAUGUUUUCAGCAAAGCACGUAAAACUAUACUAACCAAAAAGUGAGAUAGCAGUGAGUCAGUUCAUCAUACAAAGGCAUAGUAUUGCAUUAGUUAUAUUUAAUGGUUAUUUUCAUCACCAGAGAUUGUGUGUGUGUGUGUGUGUGCAUGUGUGUGUGUUAAAAAUCAGUCACCAGUGCUCAUGUAAAGUCAAAACAAAACAAAAAAAUGCUUCUUCAUCAUCAUUUUAAAAUAUGUCACCCCAUUCAAAUCAGCUAAUGCCUAUGAAAGGAAUUGGUUGAGGUGGAAUAUAAACUUUAUUGACAAGGGAUGUGCUAACAUUGAUCUGAGAGGAAUAUGCUGCAUUAUUAUCAGAAAAAAAUCAUUAUCUUCUCUUUGCAAUCGUGAACAUAUAAGACAUAAAAAUUGUCAUGAGAUUCUGAACACUAGUAUUGAGGUCCAGCACUACUUCUGAGCUCCUAUCUGACUUUUCUUUGGGAGGAAUGGGAAGCGUGGUUGGCCCACUAGUCUGAUAAGAAGUCUUGGGAAAGCUAAUACUGACCUUGCUGGAGUCAUUCACUUAAUCAUAAAGAAGCUUCUUGACCUCUGCAAAUUCUGGCCCUGACAUGUAUUCUAAAUACCUUUACAGUUCUAAGUGAGAAAUUGUUACAUAGGCUCAGAAGAAGAAAAGACUCCAGUGGGACUGGGAUGAGCUGCGUGAUAGCCCUCAUAAAGCAGAGAGGUUGGUGGGAGACCUAACUUGGCCUAUACUAACCUUCCCAUUGUUUUCACAACGGGCCUUUUAUCCCCUCUGAACUGCUUGCCUGCACUUUUAUCUUAGACUUUUUUUUGAUGCGCAUAGGUAUUUGCUGUGUAAGCCUUAUCUAGUGAUGCAGAAUAUCAAGGAGGCCACUUACAAUUCUACGCUGCAUCCCUGUAUCAAAAAUCUCAGAAGCACCUUGCAUCCGAUAGAGGCUUUUAAGAGCAGAUUGACAGGUGAAUGUCACAGGUCCAUAAGAAGGACAAAUAGAUCUAAGUUGGGCGAAAGAUUCUAUUUGUUGGUUCUCCAUUCUAAGAUGAUAACAUGCCCCUGCACUUGAGACCUUACUUGAAACUUAAAGAAACGUGAUUGGUUAUGGUGCUGGGAGAAAGGGGUGCACCUGGGAGGACACUGAAAAAGAUAAACAAAGGGGAAGGAAGAGAGGACAACCUGUAACUUUUAGAAAAGGCUACUACUUUUAACUGUUGGAGAAAAUGCUAUUGCUUGCACUCACAAUGUCAAUAUACAUUAUCAGAAUUUAAGUCCUGGAGAUCAGAGACUGUUUCACCUGAAAUUGCUAGCACCUAGAAUGGCCCCCGGUUGCAGUAGGCAAUCAAUAAUACUCUUUGAAUAAUAAUGAGGUUUUCAAAAAUUCUGCAAGUCAGACUGGCCUCUGGCUUUGUGAUAUUAUUCUAGAGUCCCAGUAACCCACAAUUGUUGAUGAGGAGUAGCAGUAGAAUAUCAAGGACAGGUGAUGAGACAAGUCUAUCCUGCAAAGGGCAGGGAAUAGAGGGUACACUGGAAAGAGUUUUAAAACAAUAAUACAGCUGACUACAAGUU